UUAAUGUUUUAAGCGGCUACACGGUCAAGGACGUAUGAAACCAAAACAAAUAGGGCAGUAGAAUUUAAUUAGAAAUAUGUCGAUUGCAGAGCAACAAAGAUGUCCCAUGGUUGUUGUUUCAGGGAAUUCUCACCCGGAGCUCGCACAAAUUGUUGCAGAGAAGCUGUCAACACAUCUAUGUGACUGUCGCUGUUACCAUAAGGCAAACAGAGAAACGGUUGUCGAAAUAAAGGAGUCAAUCAGAGGAAAGGAUGUUUACAUUAUACAAACUGGAACUAAGGAUGUGAAUAAUGAUAUGAUGGAACUACAGAUUAUAGCAUAUGCCUGUAAGACAAGUUCAGCAAGGAGGGUAGUUGGGGUAGUGCCAUAUAUACCAUAUUCUAAACAGAGCAAAAUGAGAAAAAGAGGUUCCAUUGUGUGUAAACUUCUCGCUAAAAUGCUUAGCACAUCUGGACUUACUCACAUUAUCACCAUUGAUCUUCACCAGAAAGAAAUCCAGGGCUUCUUUGACAUACCAGUUGAUAAUCUCAGAGCUUCACCAUUCCUUAUAGAAUACAUUCAGGGAACGAUUCCAGAUUUCCGUAAUGCUGUGAUAGUAGCUAGAAAUCCUAACUCGGUUAAGCGUGUCACUUCUUUUGCUGAGCGUCUUCGUCUGAGUAUCGCUGUAAUUCACGGCGAGGAAAAAGAUGAAGAUGAGCCAUGUGAUGGCAGAACCUCACCACCACCUGUAAUGCAGGAGGCGGACUUUGGUCUACAUUCUAUACCUGAUUCAGAUCAGGGUAAACAGUUACACCCCUUGCCUGCUGCCGAAUACAGCAAUUCAACAUCAAUACUUGCCAAAGAGAAGCCACCAUUGAAUGUUGUAGGAGAUGUUGGUGGGAGAAUAGCAAUCAUUGUGGAUGAUAUGAUAGAUGAUGUAAUGUCAUUUGUGAAGAUAGCCGAGGUGUUGAAGGAACGAGGUGCUUACAAGAUCUACGCAAUGGCAACACAUGGCCUGUUAUCUUCAGAUGCUCCACGUCUUAUAGAAGAUUCCUGUAUAGACGAGGUUGUAGUAACAAACACAGUUCCACAUGAGAUUCAAAAGAUGCAGUGUCAUAAGAUAAAGACCGUAGAUAUAAGUGGAAUGUUGGUCGAGGCUAUACGUAGAAUACAUAAUAACGAGUCAAUGUCAUACCUGUUCAGGUAUAUCGGAAUGGACGAUUGAGCACGCAAUCUGGUCGUCAGGGAAACAAUUUUUUUUGUCUCAUUACGUACAGAAGAUACAGAUCUCUUAAUAUGAAUAGUCAUUAGUUCAAGGAAAAACUAAGUUGUGAAAAGAUUUUUAAUGAAUUAGUUUUGAACUAUUGUUAUGAUAAUUUUGACAGGUCAGAUAGACUUGCUUUAUCAUGUAAGAUUUUUUUUUGUCGAUGAAAAAUGGCAGUGGUAGCCCGUAAUUAAAAUGAUAUGUUGAGUUAUAUUUGUAAUCUGGUUGUGACAGGAAACAGUUAUUUAAAAAAAUCAAAAUGUAAAAGGGACUCCACUGACGUUUUUUGACAUUAUGGGACUGAAAAUAAAUUUGCCGUGAUUUAUGUACCAUUUGAUUUAGGUCUAGAUCAAUGGCUUGUGUGCAAAAUUUCAGAUCAUUCGCCCACUUUGUUUUUCCAGAAUAUUAGUUCCAAUUGUUAAAAAGGAAUUAAACCUGAAAGCAUUGCAAUGCUUUUUACUCAAAUCAGACUAAGAAUAACUAAAAAAAUACGGUUUUCAAUAUAUUUCUAGAAUCUUUUGUAAAUCUAUCUGUUUAAAGUGUCCCAGCCAGUCUCUGUAAGAAGUUAUUUCAUUUUUUUUCAUUUUUUUUUUAAACUUGUACCUCAGAAGAGUUCCUUCAACUUUUGAAAAAUGUUAGGAUAUUCAUGUUCUGUUAUUUAAAAAAAGUUUCAUUAAAAUCUAUGAGGUUAAAGGUCUAAGUGUACAAAGGUUGGUACUUUGUAUUUCGAUAUUAUUAAAGCAUUAUUUUAUGUUUUAAUGCAAUAAACAGUAAUAUUACCAUUAUGAUGUCUAGUUUAAUAAGUUUGACUUCUUUCAUUCCAUGUAAUCAUAUGACUUAUUUUGCUCAAAUGAAAUCAAAUUUUUCCUAAAUUCUUAAAUGAGGUAGUAUUUUACAAGGUUUGAAGUUAAGUUUUUUUUCAUAAUCGCUUAUAUUAUUGUUGGGUUAUUAUUUAUUAAUUUUCAUAUCAGGAUAUGAUAUUUCUAUCAAAA